AUGUUUGGCUGUAGUGCAUCAGCCCAGGUGAAGACCAGUAGAGAGACUAAAGGACAGUACCUCUCAGCCAACAUGGCCUUCUCUGUAGGGGUCAUGUCUGCCAUGUACCUCUGCAAGGGGGUCUCAGGUAAACCCUACUACACCUUUAAUCCCAUGAAACAACAACUCAUACAGUAUACAGUAUGUACAGUACAGAGGAGGCUGGUGGGAUGAGCUAUAGGAGGACGGGCUCAUUGUAAUGGCUGGCAUGGAACUCCUGGAACGUAGUCAAACAUGUGGUUUCCAUAUGAUACUGUUCCAUUUACUCCAUUCCAGCCAUUACAAUGAGCCCGUCCUUCUAUAGUUCCUCCCACCAGCCUCCACUGGUACAGUAUAUUUCCCCUUCAACUGACAACCCUAAUCCUAAAAUGAAUACACACAGCAAAUUCUCCAGUGUUAAAUUAACACUGACAGACAAAUAUGUUAUCAUGAUGUCACGGACGUUGAAGGACGGGUCAGACCAAGGCGCAGCGUGAAAUGCAUACAUGUUUAUUAUCCAAAAUAAACACACGAACAAAACAACGUAACGUGAAGUCCUCAGGCUAAACGCAACGCAACGCAACGCAACGCAACGCAACGCAACGCAACGCAACGCAACGCAACGCAACGCAACGCAACGCAACGCAACGCAACGCAACGCAACGCAACACAACACAACACAACACAACACAACACAACACAACACAACACAACACAACACAACACAACACAACACAACACAACACAACACAACACAACACAACACAACACAACACAACACAACACAACACAACACAACACAACACAACACAACACAACACAAGCCUAUACACGGAACAAGAUCCCACAACUAAUGAUUGCAAACAGGCUACUUAAGUAUGAUCCCCAAUCAGAGACAACGAGCGACAGCUGCCUCUGAUUGGGAAUCACACCCGGCCAAACAUAGAAAUACACAACCUAGAAUGUGAACAUAGAAAUAAUAACAUAGAUCUCCACACCCUGACUCAACAUACAAGAGUCCCAUAAGUCAGGGCGUGACACAUGAAAAUGUUAUUACUCAACACAAUACAAGUAUUUAAUAAGGCCUUAUUUUGAGGGCCUAGUUUUAUCCUAAUGCAGUAGCCUGAAACUCAUGUUCUUCAGGCCUGCAAGUCACAUUGUGAUGGCUUGCAAAGUGAUGUGUAAUUCCUAUUGGAAUACAGCCAGAGUGGGGAUAUCCAACAUUUUGGAAUUUUUAUUCACCUGCAAUCUGCAUUCAGAAUGACUGCCGGGUUGAGCAGACAAAGCCAUGAGACAACCUAAACCAUCUAAACUGGAACAACCAUUUCAGUAACGGGUGCAAUAAAUCCAUGUAACAGAUUGUAAUAGUUUUGAAAAAUUUUAUGUUAUUUAUAUUUAAGUAACAUAAGAUUAAUGAAUCAACAGUACAUGCAAAAAACAUAGAUAUUGAAAUAAACAAUUCCAAAAAUCAACCUGCAAUAGAGCAUGCUGGGAAAUAUGUUAAUGAUGGGCAUGGUUUUGGUUUAACACUGGUUAUUAACACCAAAGCUUGUGUUCUUUUUACACCAAUUAGUGUUAAUGUAACACUUACAGGGUUAAUUGAACACCUGAAUCAACACUAGGAAUGUUACACUAAAAAAUCAACACUAGGUAAUACUGGCCAAUUUGCUGUGCACCAUUACUAAGCUUGAUUUCAUUAGCGGUUCUCAUAUGUCUGUACCCUCCCAUUCUACGUAUUUAUACCAUACUGUCAACGGCAGUCUGGCAACAGUAACGGACGUAGGGGUGGUGUGAAAUGGUCACACAAGCGCCCAGACUUCUAUGUGAGUUAUGAGUGUAACAUUACUGUGGUCACACAGUGCUAGCUGUCUGUCGUGUCCUGGUGAUUCAUUCUGCAUUAGGCUGUUACUGCAGUGGCCACAACUCUCCAUGGUCUCACUCCCACACAUACUCUCACUCUUUUUAAUCUGUGUGUGUGUGUGUGUGCGUGUGUGCUUGUGAUGUUCACAGAUUUAGUGGGUGAGAUCAUAAACAGGUUGACAGAUUCUCUCCCUCUCUCUCCCCCUCUCUCUCCCUCUCCUCUCUCGUCUCUCUUCUCCUCUCCCCCUCCUUCUCUCUCUCUCUACCUCUCUAUCUCCUCUCUCUCUCUCUCUCUCUCUCUCUUGCUCUUGCUCUCUCUCUCCUGUAGGAGCCCAUCUGAACCCAGCGGUCACUCUGAGUUUCUGUUCGUUGGGCAGGGUGCCCUGGGUGAAGCUGCUCCCAUACUCUCUGUGUCAGGUGCUGGGAGCUUACCUGGCCUCUGGCCUGGUCUUCCUGGUCUACUAUGGUCAGUCACACACACUCUCACACCAGUCCCACCAAUCAUUGGUGUCAUGUCAGCUUGUUACAUGCAGAUGCAGCAGUAUAGAGUGGUAAGACAUUAGGAUAUAGUGUGUGCCAUGAUGAAUGUCACUGAACAACCAGUUCCCUCUCUCUGUCAGAUGCUAUCAUGGACUUCAGUGGAGGGAAUUUGACAGUGUACGGGGCAAAUGAGACGGCAUCCAUCUUUGCCACCUAUCCCGUAGAGCACCUAUCUCUCAGCAGCAGCAUCCUAGACCAGGUCAGAUCAAUAUGAUACAGUAUGAAGCAGGAACAGAUGAGGGUGGGUCGUCACUAACUACCACAGCCACAAAGUCAUAAACCAUGUCUAUUUUCUACAAUUUCUCUUCUUAAAAUCUGAUUUUAAACCUAAACCUAACCUUAACCACACGGCUAACCUUAUGCUUAACCCUAACCUUAAAUUAAGAUUACAUUAUCAUUCAUUGUUACAAUAUAGACAAUUAUAUACUUUGUGGCUGUGCUAUCUAGUGGAAACCAUAAUGGUGUUAUAAAUGUGAACAUUCAGAAAUAUAAGAAAGUUAAAUGGAACUGGGUGAUUUGUUUUGUUAACGAUUGACUCCUCGAGAGCUUGGGACUAUAAGGUUCUAUCUGCAUUUUUGUCAAAAUUGAGUUUUUGACAUAGCCUUGUUCUGUUCAAUGUUCUCUACCUACUGUAUAUAGUACUCUAAAUACCACCAAUUCAUGUUGUUAAGUUCAAAAGAAUACAAGAUAAAAUUGUUGACAUCAUUCAAACCAAUGACGGUUUGGAACUUUAAUGAAGCCAAUUAUCUCAGAAUGAUCUUUUUGCAGAUAGAACCUUAUAGUCCCAAGCUCUCGUCCUGUAUUUGCUGGUUUCACACACAGGUGGUGGGCACUGCCAUGUUGAUGCUCUGCAUCCUCCCAUUGGACGACCAGAAGAAUAGUCCUGCCCCCGACGCUCUGAUCCCGCCCAUCGUUGCCGUGGUGGUCCUGGGGAUCGGCAUGUCGAUGUCGUCCAAUUGCGGAGGAGCGAUAAAUCCCGCCCGUGACUUGGGGCCACGCCUCUUGACACUGACCGCCGGCUGGGGCACUGAAGUGUUCACGUAAGUCUUCUAGCACACACACACAUUUUGACCUGAGAAAGCAGGUGUGCAACAUGUGAGACAAUACAUGAAUUGGUCAGUGGGUCAGUUAAAUGCAGGGGAGAGAAGAGUGAACCAUAUAAAAGGAGUGGCCUACUCCUGAACUAGAGGUGGAUCUGGUUUGUGUGUUUGUGAAUGUGUUGGUGCCAAGUGUGCCAAGUGUGCCAAGCACAGGAGGCUGCUGAGGGGAGGAUGGCUCAUAAUAAUGGCUGGAAUGGAGUGAAUGGAAUGGUAUCAAACACAUAGAAACCAUGUGUUUGAUGUGUUCGAUACCAUUCCAUUAAUUCCAUUCCGGCCAUUACUAUGAGUCGGUCCUCCCCAAUUAAGGUGCCACCGGCCGCCUGUGGUGCCAAGUGUGCCCGUAAGACACUUUAUGUCUAUAGGAACAUCUACCAGCAGAUACCAAUGUGCUAGACAGGUACAUGACGGACACACAUGGCACAGAUACCAUAUUUCAAUUUGGAACUGGGCACGAGCUGUUGGAGUGUAGUUGAUUGACUUGCAGACGUGGUAACGAAUCCUCCCUCCCUCCUUCUCUUCUCUCUAGGUGUUAUAACUACUGGUUCUGGGUUCCCCUGACGGCUCCUCUGCUGGGAGGGAUGGUGGGCUCUGGGAUGUAUCUGGUCUUCAUCGCGUGGCACCUGCCCGACCUUCCAACGAACCCCCCCAUAGAUAGCCCCUCUACCAAACCCACCGCAGAGGUGUGGAAGCAGCCCCCAGCACCAGAGAAGGAAGGGGUGGAGUUGAAAACUGCCGUUUUCUAGAUAGGGUAGAGACAUUCAGGCCUACUGUUGAAGUGAGAAUGUGCACAGUGAGCGGGAAUCUUUUCAUUUUAAUCACUGAAUUCCAACUGACUUCGAAGAGACUCCAACCCCCCACUGGGCAAAAACUGGUUGAAUCAACGUUGUUUCCAUGUCAUUUCAACCCCAAAAAAUCAAAGGGAUGACAUUGAAUCAACGUGAAAAACUGAUUGGAUUUGCAAAAGGUCAUCAACAUAAGGGCAUUUAUCUUUUUUUCUACCAACUUUUCACCUAAAUCCAAUGUUGUUGAAUUCACAUUAGUUGACAACUCAACCAAAUGUAAAUCAAAACUAGACAUUGAACUGACUUCUUUGCCCAGUGGGGAGACAUUUUUCUCUGGCUGGCUGUUUCCUAUAUGAGAAGGGACAUGCUAACAGACUGAUGGGAGAACAUCUGUCCAAGACUCCCCUCCUAUCAUAUUGUUCUAUUGAGAUGCUGCUACUGAUUGAAGAUCAUGUGUAUAUAUUAGUAGAGAGCUUCUAUGACAUACAGCUAUGAAAGGAGAAAUUUAUAUUAUGAUUAGAGCCUUCUGAUUGUUUUUUUGUGGGUUUUAUCUUUGACAGGUAUUUCCAGCAUUAGCAACUGGGUUUGCUGCAGGCAGAAAUCCAAGGAAAAUGCUCUUUAAUUGACACAAGCUGUCUACAAUCAAUCAUUCAAUGUCUGAAUGUGAGUGAGUGACUGUUAUGGGGGGGCUAAGCUAGGUGAGGCGUAUCUCUACGAAACGUAAUUGCACAAAGCCUAUUAUUUGGCAGGGAAUACUAUUUGUACACUGAACAAAAUGUUUAAUGCAACAUGUAAAGUGUUGGUUCCGUGGUUUAUGAGCUGAAGUAAAAGAUCCCAGACAUUUUCCAUAUGCACAAAAAGCGUAUUUCUCUCAAAUGUUGUGCACAAAUUUGUUUACAUCCCUGUUAGUGAGCAUUUCUCCUUUCCCAAGAUAAUCCAUCCACCUGGCAGGUGUGGCAUAUCAAGAAGCUGAUUAAACAGCAUGAUAAUUACACAGGUGCACCUUGUGCUGGGGACAAUAAAAGGCCACUCUAAAAUGUGCAGUUUUGUCACAACACAAUGCCACAGAUGUCUCAGAUGAAUGUCCACCAGAGCUGUUGCCAGAUAAUUUAAUGUUAAUUUCUGUACCAUAAGCCAAUGUUGUUUUAGAAAAUUUGGCAGUACGUCCGACCAGCUUUACAACCCAGGACCCCCACAUCUGGCUUCUUCACCUGCGGGAUUGUCUGAGACCAGCCAACCAGACAGCUGAUGAAACUGAGGAGUAUUUAUGUCUGUUAUAAAGCCCUUUUGUGGGGAAAAACUAAUUCUGAUUGGCUGGGCCUUGCUCCCCAGUGGGUGGGCUAGUCUCCCAAGUGGGUGGACCUAUGCCCUCCCAGGCCCACCCAUGGCUGUGCCACUGCCCAGUCAUGUGAAAUCCAUAGAUUAGGGCCUAAUGAAUUUAUUUCAAUUGACUGAUUUCCUUAUGAACUGUAACUCAGUAAAAUCGUUGAAAAUGUUGAACAUUGCGUUUAUAAUUUUGUUCAUUAUAGAUCAGUGAUUAUACACCUCAUUUUGCUCAAGCUGAUCCUCUCCCAGACUCAAUCCCUGAUCAUCGGAGGCUAUAAAAAUGGGGGCAAUUAGGGGAGAAGCUAUGAAUCCAACUAGAAAAGAUUAAAAAAAACUCUAAAUCAGAAUAUCGCUUGAAAUAAGAGUGUGCCAAUAAUAAUGAUAAGAAGCUCUUUGAAGAUGACAGCAAUUCUGGAAAAGCCUGCAAUUUAGCAUUAGACUAUAAACGGAAAGACAGGAUACACACCCAUCUGCAAUAAAAUAAACACAUUACACCCAAGACAGUUUAGAUAGGUGGCAGAUCGUGGUGGAUAUAGCGAAAUACUCUCAUCCUUGCAUAACAAGACAUCAAUCUCUUCUUAACAUAUGAGUUUGAUAGGCAUUUUUAUAUCAUAAAAUUGAGAAGGGGAAAUGUUGACUAUUUUCUGAGCAUAAAUGGUAAGCCUAUUUUCAUUCGCUAUAGAAAUAAAAUUCCUCCAACUUCUCCAACUCUGUUAAUACCGCAGUAUUUGGAGAGAUACGCUUCGCCAUCUCCCAGCCUGCAGCCCGCAGCCACAAAGUGCGCGUAAAAGCUCAGGUACUCGGAAUGAUAUGCUGACACUGUUGAAUACAUCACUGCCUGUAAAUACACUGUAUUAGCCAGAACAACGUUAACGUGUUCACCCAGCUCUCCUAUAAAAUAUGAAGAACAUAUUGGCCUUGCGUGUCAGUGUAUUUGUCUGUGGUUCAUGGAGAUGGUUUCGGUUUUUUAAACCAGACUGCGCCUCUGUUCAUUACAUGUGUGUUAAUGAAUGGCACAUUUUGAGAUUGUCAACUUUUUCGAGAGGGAUGUUGGCGCUUGCAAAAGCCAUAUCCUCAGCAUUUACGAUUUUACAUGAAAUGGCUACUUAGUUCGGAAAUAGGCUACAUUUUUGGUUGUUGAUAACAUGCCUAUUAUUUACCAUAUAAUGUUGAUAACAGACAAUGCAUAAGUUAAAUAUUUAUUUUAAUAUUGUCCUUAAGAUAGGCUAAUAAUUUGGUUCAUUGGGCUAAAGUGUAGGCUGCUGAUGAGAAUAAUUGUCAGUAAACAUUUAAUUUCAGGUCAUGGUUGGGAAUGUAUUUUGCACAAAUUGGAUAAUUAUGUUAGAUGAUCAUGGUAUGCACGUGUGACAAUUAAUUAACAUGUGGUGUGAGAAGGCGCUAUAUCGGCCUCUUGAGGUCAGAUGAUCGAAAUGCGAAAAAUUAAAUUACAUUUAAAAAACGCCUGUCCCUAAUUAUGAUUAUUUUACUAUUAUUUUAUUAUGAUGUGAAAAUCUUAUGGUUGCACUUAUGCCAAUAACUCCUGAGUAAAAUGUGUUCAUAUUAUUUCAUAAACUCCUUAUAUUGCAGCAUAAAGCAUGAAGUUAAUCUGUGGAAUAAAUAUGAAUUACCAAUUAUAAACUUGUGUAUACAUUUUCUGGAGUUCAGGCCUUUUUUAUUAGCACAUUUCGGGCAUCUGCUUCUGCAUGUGUCCAUGUGUCUGUGUGUUUGUGCUGCUUGAGAUCCUUUUUUAAAAUGUCGUAGGUGGUUUAAAAAACAGAUUGUUUUUCGUUUAAUUUGAACGAUUCACCAUCCAUGGGUUUAUGGUGAAAAGAUAGGCCUACAUUGCUCGAAUGCAAUACCAUUUCGUCUGCUAUUUCUGGAGGAGUGCAAAUAUGAUUUUGGGGCUGCAGGUAGCCUAGCGUUUAAGAACGUUCGAAUCCCUGAGCCAACUAGGUGAUAGAUCUGUCAAUGUGAUCUUGAGCAAGGCACUUAACCCUAAUUAGGAAGGUGUUCUUAAUGUUUUGUACACUCAGUGUAUAACGCUACCACCAGCCCAAAAUGUACCAUUGCAUUAGGUUUGUUAAAAUAGAGCCCACAGGAUUCUAUCCAAGCUAAAACAUGAGCAGGUGACACCUGGAGCUGCAGCAUAUCAACCAGGGAUGUGGUGACAUGUGACCUACAGUGGGAGUGUUUACUGUCUCCAUCAUGACCUACUCACACUGACAAUUACAUCAAUUGUUGCAAUCUUCACUCCUCUCUCUCUUCACUCACACAACUCUCGCGUCAUUGUUCAUGAAAGGUUGUGUUUCCUUCCAACUUGUCUCUCUCCAUCUUUCUCUCUCUCCCUUUCCCCCCAUCUUUCCCUCUCUCCAGGGCAAGUAACACAUUGUAUCAUUUGACCUCUCUGGCCUUCAAAAGGAGAUUUCCCCUCACACAUCCAUACUGAAAAGUUGACCAUUUUGGCAUUGCCUGUAGAAAGUGUGAGAAGGACCAGUGUGUGUGUCUGGGUGUGUGAGUGUGUGUGGAGCAUCCAUGUUUUUGUGUAAUUUAGAUGUUGACGUCGCCCACUAACCACAUCAGAGAACGUACUGGAGCCACGAAUUACAGCACUCCGGGGUUCGUGUUGGUCUGCGUUUUAUCUAUUCAUUUUAUCAUUUUAUUUGUUCUCUCUAGCCUUAAUCUGUUCAGGUAGAGAGCUGUAGCAGUUCUAAACCGUCUAGUUUUUUGUUCAUGUUUGGUAGUGGUAGUUGCACCUGCUUGUGUCAGUGCAGUAGUGUCAGCGUUAAAGUAUCAGUGUCUGCACGUUUCAGUCAGUCCUGCUGGAAGUGUGUGCAGCAUCAGUGUUGUAUUAGCAUUGUUUUUAAGCUUGUCUGGGACAUUUCAGCGUGGAGUCAGUGCUGCGGUCUUAGUGUGUGCAAGUGAGUGCAGGGUCAUUGUUGUGGUCUCAGUAAUAAGUAUCCCAGGCAGUAUGUAUUGGUGUGUGAGAGAGAGAUGGAGAAGGCUCGAGGCUGGUUGAGUUCUAACAUGAAGCCCCUCUUCAGAGAAUGUCUAGCAGAGUGUAUGGGAGUCUACGUCAUGAUCGUGAGUAUACCCUCCGCUAUAUGCAACCUGACCGUAACCAUCGACCGUAACCAUUUUUGUUUAUUUUUCAUGCUAUGGUGCUGGGAUGUUGUGUUGUGUCUGUCCAGUUGUUUGGCGUAGGCUCCAUGGCCCAAAACAUCACCAGUAGGAACAUGAAGGGGGAAUAUCUGUCCACUAAUUUUGCCUUCGCCUUAUGGGGAUCUAUUCUCUUACAACUAGAUGUGAAAGAAUACAUUAAUGAUUAAACAUAAUAGGUUUGUGCUAUACUGAUAUAGAUUGUUUAACAUAACAAGUUGUGAUUAAUGUGAGGAACCGUUAGGGGGUAGGCUGAGAUAGGCUUGUGACUCACACACACACACACUGCCUCUUUGUUAAACUGCUCAAGGACAUGUGUACUGCUACAAUGAAAAAGAACAAACUAUGUCUGAGGUUGCUGACUCGAUACAAGUUGUAAAGAUAACAACUAAUGCCCGACAACAGUGAAGCGCCAAGGGGCUGGGACCAGCCUGAGCGCCAACGAUAGCUCAGUUCUCUGUCUGCCCUGCGUGGUUUUUCAGUGGGCCCGUAUAUACGAACAUCAUAUUUACCAUUCAAGUGUUUGCAUUAAUUAAAAUACUAGUCUAUUUUAGAAGACGUGUAUUGACCUCUUUUUGUUCCUAUACCAGAUUUGAAUUGACGCAAUUUGACAGCCUUCGCCACCACCUUCGGCAUGUACAUCACACGAGGAGUAUCGGGUAAGGACUGAAACCGAGUCUGUCUGAAAUCAUGUUUAAAUAACAUUGCAGCUUUAAUUGUUUCAUAGAUUCUAAAGUGUUUUUCCGCUACAAAAUCAAACCCAUUUCGUAGAUUGUUGAACAAAAUGUAUAAUGUAUUUUAUAAAGCCCUUUUUACAUUGGCAAUCGUCACAGAGUGACACCAUUGUGGAUAUGUUGGCUGGUGGUGUUGUAUGUGAUAGUGAUGUAUGUGUGUCCUCUCUCUGCUAGGGGCCCAGUUAAAUCCCGCGGUGUCCUUCAGCAUGUGUGUGUUGGGCAGACACCACUGGAGGAAGUUUCCCUUCUACACUGUGUUCCAGCUGAUAGGCUCAUUCAUGGGGGCUGUCACCAUCUACACUCUCUACUAUGGUAAGGAACUGUUACAUUUAUACGCAUAUCAUUAUGAGUAUGCUCUUUACAGUAAUGAGUUAAAUUGAUAUGCUACUUACACCUAUAAAACAAUGUAUUCUAUACCCUUCAUUAUAAGGUUUUGUUUUACGAGGAGCUAACCUUUUUGUCUACGUACACACAUUGAUUCACUCACAGACGUGCACACAGAUGCAAACACACGCUCACACACACUCACACGCACACAAUCAUACCACUCCCCUUUACCAUGCAGAAGUGACAUUUGUUGUGGAGACAGACAGAGAGGCAAACAGAAACAGACACAAAGAUCUCUUUGUAUGGAGGAAUAAUCGGUCAUGUUGAAUAAAAAAGAUAAAACGUCUGCAAUAACAGCACUGAUGUUACAGUGAAGCAGGUUUCUAAACAUACAGUAGAUAUUCUGUUUUAGUAUCAUCUGUCUCCCUCUCUCUCCCCCCCUCUCUUGCUCGCUCUCUCUCUCUCCUCCUCUCUCUCUCCCCCCCCCCCCCCCUCUCUCUCUGUGUGUAGAUGCCAUUAUGAACUACUGCCAGGGCAACCUCACAGUGACAGGUCCCACUGCCACAGCCCAGAUCUUUGCCACAUACCCUGCUGACUACCUCAGCAUCUGGAACGGUUUCGUAGACCAGGUCGAUGGAGAGAGGAGUGGAGAGAGGAAGAGAGGGAUGUAGAUAGAGAGAGGGAUGGAGAGAGGAAGAGAGGGAUGUAGAUAGAGAGAGGUAUGCAGCAGAGAGGAAGAUAGAAGCAGCAGAUAGAUAAAGAGAAAAGUCUGCAUUACUGUAACAUAAAAUUGUCAUACUAACAGCCCAAUGCUGAGUCGAUAUCAUACAGCAUCAACCAUGGCUAACACCCCCCCCCCCCCCCCCCUCUCGCUUUCUCUCUCGCUUUCUCUCUCUCUCUCUCGCUCUCUCUCUCUCUCUCUCUCUCUCUCUCUCGCUCUCUCUCUCUCUCUCUCUCUCUCUCUCUCUCUCUCUCGCUCUCUCUCUCUCUGUCAGUGCUGGUGGGGGGUGGUUCUGGGUGCCCCUGGUGGCCCCGUUCCUGGGGGCUAUGGUAGGCGUGGCUCUGUACCAGCUCUUCAUUGAGCUGCACCACCCACCCCUUCAACUGGAGUCCAAUGGGCUCUGUCUGGAGAACAAGAUGGCGCCCGGUCUGGAGGCAAUGGAACUGGGCCUGAAGUCAUUCCCCAAGGACAUACGAUCUCAAUCUCUAGCUGUUAUUCAGCUGGACAUAGAGAAGGCUGCCCAUCUGGAGGAGAAA